AUGCGUAUGGCAGGUUCAGCCGACUGUCAGAAGCUGGACUGGCCAAAAUGGCUUAACAUCAUCAGAGGGAUCGCUCGUGGCCUUUCUUAUCUCCACAGAGAUUCUGGGAAGGACAUCGUCCAUCGUGAUCUCAAACCUUCCAAUGUCCUCCUUAUUCCAACUUCAAUGCAAAGAUUGCUGACUUUGAUCUUGCAAGACCAUACGACCGGAACAAAAGCCAUGAGAGCACUCAAAAGAGAGCAGGCACCCACUCCAGAACUGUAUGCGGGAGGGGAAUACUCUACCAAAUCGGAUGUGUACAGUUUCGGCGUGAUGACUCUGGAGAUCAUAGUUGGUCAGAGCACCAGCAAGUUCGACAACGAUAACUGCACGGGCCUCGUAGAAUAUGCAUGGCAACACUUUGUGAGGCGUACGGUUGAAGACAUGCUGGACGGUGACCAUCUCGGCCUGGUGAACGACGAGCAGGUGCAGCAGGCGUCACGGUGCGUGCACGUCGCGCUCCUCUGCGUCCAGAGCAACCGCUCCGUGAGGCCCUCCAUGGACAGGGUCCACGGCGUGCUCGGCAGCAAGGAGGAGCUGGAGGAGCCCUCCACCCCCGGCUUCGUCGCGGCGGCGGCGGCCGGCGUUUCGCCGUCGGCUUACUCUGUGAACAGCGUGACGAUCAGCGUCAUGGAGCCUCGACCAUGA